UCUGCCUCUAGAAAUACUUCAUCAUCAUGCAGAGUAUCUUCUACCCGCACGAGAGGAUUGUCGAGCGCUAUGACAUCAAAGGCUGCCAGCUUGACCGGUGGAGCGACGCAGCGCCGGAAGGCAGCGAAAUCAUUGUGGUCUUGAAGGAUCUCAACUUUGGAGAAAACGUCAUCUGUCUCGAUGAGCAGCGGGCCUGGUUCAUUCAGCAAGUCGAACUGGACACACAAUUCCUCAAGGAUUUGGAUGUGAUGGAUUACAGUCUCCUGGUGGGGCUGCAGCCUCUGCAUGAGGACGAGCGGAUCCUGAACAAGGCGCUUGCCAAUAUCAUCGCCAGGACAGUGUCGGUCAGCUGCAAGGGCUCCUUCUGUACCAACGAACCGGCCGGUGCUGAACCCAAAUACAUGCCCCUGUUGCCCCCCAUUGCUAGCACGAUCCCCUCCAACCUGGAACAGUCGUACACCUUGUCCCCCGAAAGCAAAAGCUCCAUCCAAGAUGUCCUAGCCCUGUACCUCAGCCGGCGUCACAGCAGUGAGAAGGACCAGGAGGCGUCAACGCAGAGCCAGACCUUCAUGCGGGACGUUCUGGUGCCCUACUUGAUGCGGGAAAGCGGGAACGACCCUGCGUCCAACUCCUCCACCAGGGUGGAACUCUUGCUGCAGAGCCUGAGCCUGCACAGCCUGGAGGAAGACCCCUCGUACAUCUUGGAAAACAGACGCCUGCUGCCCAGCUGCAGAAACCCCUUGCAUGUCAUCGACGGGCCGGACUACCGCUACUUCAUCGGCAUCAUCGACCUCUUCACAGUGUACAGCUUCCGCAAGAAGAUGGAGCACCUCUGGAAAAGCAUCCGCUACCGCGGGCAAAACUUCUCCACGGUCGGCCCGGCCUGCUACGCUAGGAGGCUUUGCCAGUGGGUGGAAGACCACACCACAUGAGCAGGGGGCGUCGGGGCGGGUGAGGGAAACGUCCUCGGCCUUUCUCCAGAGUCCCCAGAUCCCUGCGUGACUCGCA